GCAGGAGGACUUCUUAAGUCUGCUGCUCGCUGCCAGUAAUAAUCCAAUCUUCAGCAUCGCCAACCUCCUUCCUCUCGUCCGCGCCUGCAAAGGGGUGUCCAGGUGCGGGCUAAUGGAGAUCGUGACACUCAUGGAGAACAUGGAGCCAGACGACUUAAAAGAGAUGAUGUCGACGCUCUUCACUAUACCCGGCUACUUCACCGAGCUCCUGUCGUCACUGCCCGUCUUACCCUCCAUGGAAGUCCAGAACCUGGCGUUUAAGGUCACCUCCCUGUCAGAAGAGGUGCGGGAGUUGAUCAAGGAAUUCAUCAACUUAACGGCCAACUCCGGACAUCCCGCUUCGCAGUUUUGCAGUCACUGAAGGAGGUCAUCAGCGUCGUGAUGGACGAUCAUCAUCUCCCUGACAGCUGGCUGGUGCACCUACUGAACUUGUUCUCGAAGACCAAUCAUGUCCGGACAGAGCACGUAGUCAAGUUUUUGUCCCUAUUAAAGGACAAGAAGAGCCUAGGCAGUGAAGCCAUGCACGUCUUUAUAGACAUUUUCAGGUUGAACGAGCUGACGCCGCGCGCUCUCGUCGACUUCCUGUGCGCGCUCAACGACUGCGGCCUCACGCCGGAACCGCUGAUGCAUUUGCUGCGGAUGCUAAGCAAUUCCACCAGCAUCACAACGGCUGGCGUCCACGAACUGCUGAGUUUUCUAGAACAUACCGAUCUACUGCACGAAGAUGUCUUCCAAGAGCUGCAAGAGGUGGCAAACAGCUGUCAGCUUCUAGUGCCCUCCAUCAUCACAGAGCUGAUGAAGCUGCUGAAGGAUGCGAACUUUACGACGCUGGAGGACCUCUGCAACGCCAUGCAGAGGCUCAACUUCGUCUCGAAGGACGAACUAGAUGGUCACCUGCGGCAAAUGACACACAAGCACACUCAGCAGAUGCAGAUUCUGGUGACCUCUUGUGUCCUGAAGGAACCGGAAGAAGAAGUGUUGUCAAGAUUAGCUGGUGUAAACGAGCAGCCAACGCCUAGCUCCAUCCCUGACGUUGCUGAACAACAGAUUAUCUCUCGAAAUCGGAGCGAAGAACCCCUUACCGCUGACCAGGCAUUUACUCACAAUCGUCCAUCGGACCUCGCUGCUGCCAUCGGACAGCGGUUACCCCCAGAGGCUGUGAGCAUCCUCGAAAGUAAGGUGGCGGAGGUGCAGGCUAAUCAGACAGCUAUCCUCGAUAUCCUGACUCCCAAAGGACGGCCCCUGGAUCCACAAAGUCCACGUAGAUACCGAUCGGACGUCACACUACCCAACAUUUUUCCGCCUCAUCCUUCCAGGUACCCGGUCAUCCGGAUUGUUGCCGACAAGUCUGUCGAAACAGAAGAUGAGGUAAAGGUUUCAGAUUCUGGUCGGGUGGAGUCUGAAGCCGUAAACAUGUUGCUGGAAGAAAGGAAAUGCCAUGAACAAAAAAUCCAGUUACUAGAAGACGCCAUCAAAGAGCUGCAGAAGAAAAAAGCAGACAGAAAAGAUCUGAACCAGGCCAAGGACACGAAUCACCAGCAAGCUGACUUGUUGCGGCGCUUCAUGAAGCUGUCUACCAUCAACGAGUCUCACGAAGAGAAGAUUAAGAGCAUUAUACAGCGUCAAGAUUCCCAGGAGGCCUUAUUUGUCAGUGAGCAGGAAAAGGUGCUCCAAGACUUGGAUAAAAUGGCAACGAAGACUGAGCUGCAAGACUUUCGGCAUGGCAUCAGGGAGGAGGUGAUCUCCGCGGUCUACCAGGACAUACUUCGCGAUAGCUCAGUGGGCUGCACCAAGAGGCCGCUGAAGCUGAACUGUCUCUCAUGUGACCGAAAAUUAAUAUGCCUACCAGAAUCUCCCUACUCGCAAAUGCCCGCGUUGCCUGGCUUCCCACCUGCUCGGCCGGAACGCCCCCACACGGUCUUUGAACUGAAUAUGGUCCGCCGUCACGCUCGCAGCCUGCUGGAGCCACCAAACAUGCUGACUGUAGACUUCUACGCCCUCCCAAGACAAGCUGGGGGAAUCCAAACAGAAUACGUGCACAAAGAAUGGUCAAGCAGAUGCUACUUCACGUACCCCGCACCGACACCGACAGCUUCAUCCGCGGAGCUGAUGGCCGUGUGUACGCAGGAGCCUCGCAACCUGUUUUUCUGCCGCCAGUGACUACGACUUCAAUGACCUCCAUUGGGCAGAGACCCGGGUGAUGGGUCACAGGCCUUCUGCUCGGCGGAGUGGCAGGAAGAAGUGAGGAGGCUGGUUGCUGGAACAGAAAGUGAUGUAGCCCACCUCGCACAGGAACAUCAUCUUUUAGAUGUAGGCUGGGAGGAUGUCUGCGGGGUAGGAUAAACAUCGGCAGUAAUGUACAGCUGUACAGCUGUAAUAUGUACAUGGUUUGGUGAAUAUUUGUUUGUCACAGUCAACACUCGUCAUCAGGUCUAGAUAGACAUUUCUCACGUCAGUACAGAGCACGUGUGCGUGCGUGUAUACACGUCUGUGAUCAUAUCUACCUCUGGGCCUUUGAGAAAGAAUCGACAACCUUUUGCCAUGACGAUUGGUGUCAGAUGCUUUUUACAGGUCAUGUCCACAGAAGAAAUGAUAGAGACCUUAAAUAUGUACCAGAAAGUCAAGUUAUAAAUCUGUGUGUUUGUGUGUGUGUAGGGAGGUAAAUGUAGAGCCGUAAGUUGUUGUCACAGUAACCUUGUAAAUCUGCAUACCGUCAGUAAUUUUUCCGUUAUUUUAGUUUUCCUUCAUUUCACACUCCAGAAAGUAAGAGUGCGUCGCCUUACAGCUGAUUCACGAGAACAUCCAGCAUGUGAGUGAUGUCACAAGAACGUCAGAGAAGAUAAGAAAUACAUACACAUACUGAUUUUGCAGCGAUCAGCCGCUCAUUUCUUUUUUUUUUCAUUUUGAAUCAUGUAUAGUGUGCAUUAGACGAAAUACACGAGUACCCAGUCAAGUAUUGGUUUCUUACCUUGUGAAAUGUCUUGGAGGUGUCACGACUGAAGAAUUGCAUAGCAAGUACACUUGUCAGUGAUUUGUACAUUGACUGUAGGAGUCACUCUUGUCGUUACAAGCAACAUGGCACUGGUUAUCCAGUCGAAAUAUACUGUCAGGUUUCUAUUUUAA